UUUUCCCUCGCACAUAACAUCCACAGCUCGGCGCUCUACACGAUGGAACAGCUCCCCUUAGAGACGCUGAUGGGAAUCGGCGAUUGGCUACCACGCGAAGACCUCCAGAAUUUCCGCCUGGUGAACAAGGCGUUCGCUGCUGCCGCAGCUCCAUUGUUGUUCCGCCAGCUUGUCUUUCAUUCCAGCUACGCCAGCUUCAACCGUGUCCACAAUGUCGCCGUUCAUCCUGUGCUCCGGAAAUACGUCAAAGACAUUGUGUGGGACGCCAACAUGUAUGAAAGCGGUCUCAACAACAUUGCACUCUGGGAGCAUAAGACCCAUUCAGGGUACCAUCGGAUGUUUCACUUGACGCCGUAUGGUGAUGUCGUUGAGUACGAACAAAUGUUGCCCGAUGGCGAGAAGGAAACCCUCAAGGAUAACAUGGCAGUGAUGACAAAGCAGUACAUGACCUACCGGCAGAAAAUUGCAGAGGAAAACAACUUUAUGGAGCACAUUCUCGGCAUCCUCACCACCAAGUUUGUGCUCGAUCGAUUGACCAAUCUAACAACGUUGAGAAUAAUGACUGGUCGAUUCGAGAGGGGCGUAGGAAAUACUAUCUUCAAGCCUUGGAACGAAUUCGGUUGUGAAGUUCCACACACACCUGGAAAUGAAUAUCAUGCCAGAGGAAGAACGUCAAACUGCGGUAUCCUCCCCUCUGGACCCCCUGGACAUAAGGCGCUCAUCUGCGGAAUCAGAUCUAUGGGGCGUACUCUCACAAGUCUCCACAUCGAUCAUCUUAUGUAUAUGUCCUUCGAUCAUGGAAUUUUUCCUCAUGAUCUGGCUACUCAUUUACCGAAUCUCAAGUUUCUGGAGCUACACAUCAUGACCAGGGUACUGGAUGAUGAAAAUGACGUUGUGGCGCUCUCACCAUCAGACUUCGACGAAUACCUGAAGCAAGGAGCUCUCAAGGCUUUCAUUGGGGGAUUAGUUUCUCUCUCUGGAAUUUGCAUCAGCCUUCACAGUGUCAUAUAUGAUGACUCGAUGGAUGAUCCCCAAGAGCCUUCCAACACUCAUCUUGAAGAUAUCAUUCCCAGUGAUCUCUCUAACCUCUCUCGACUUUCUAUCCGGGAAGCCUCAGUAGACUAUUCUCAUAUCGUCGGAAUCCUACAGAGCAAUGCCCGCACUCUCACAGAAAUAGAGUUACAAGACAUCACUCUAGAUCCAAAUGGCUCUUGGGAAGAUGUCUUCCGGAUGAUGCGAACUGAAUUGCGGCUGAAAUCACUCAAAGUAUCUGGAUGGAUGUGCGAGCAGAACGGAAGCACUGUGAUGGGUGGUGGCGCUGUCUGGGAAAUUGAUGAUGCCGGCCUCGGGGAGGUGUUGGAGGCUUUUGUUAGGGCCGAGGGGAGUUCCCCCUUUAUCCGGAAAGCACGGCUAGUUUGA